CUCCCGUGGCCAGAGAGGCCCGAGCGCGAUUCCCCUCUGCACGAUCCCUUCUCCAGGCCGGGGCGAUGGCAGCGAGCGCCGCGCUCUUGCAGUUGCUGGCGGUGGCCCUGGCGUGCCUGGCUGCGGCGGCUCCUUCCUCGUCGCCUCCUCCACCGCCGCCGCCGCCGCCUUCCGAGGACGCCGCCGAUCCCUUCGCCGCUCAGCUGGGCGACAUCUCCGCUUGCCAAGCGCGCUGCGCCCAGAGCCUCCGGCAGAGCCCCGAGGCAGCCCCCGCCGCCAAGGAUGCUAUUCUCAACGCCUGUUACCGAGGCUGCCGGCUGUUUUCCAUCUGUCAUUUUGUGGAUGCCACUGCCGAGCUGAAUGCAACCAGAGCCGAGUGCGAAUCGGCCUGCAUGGAAGCUUACAUUGGUGUGGAAGAGCAGUUUGGCUGUACGACCGGAUGCAAGACACAGCUUCCAGAAAUGGAAAGCAGAGGAGAAAACAUGAUCCAAGACGAGAAGCCAGCCUCCUUCUCCGUCUUCGACCUGGUCUCCAGUUUCUGCAAUGACAUCGUCAGCUCUGCUCAGAGUUUUAUUUCCUCCACGUGGACCUUCUAUCUGCAGGCAGAUGAUGGGAAAGUAGUCGUGUUUCAGUCACAACCCGAAGUUGAGUAUCCCGUUCCUGAGGCCCAGGGACCCAAAUCAGAGGUUUCGGAGAAGACCUGGACAGUCUCGGCUCCCAACACCUUGAAGCCACACACAGGCCUUCAGGAGAAAUUGGAGAAACCUCCCAUCGAAGAGCCCAAGAGUCCAGCUCCAGCCCCAGCUCAGCCCGUGGGGGAAUCUCAGAUGCCUCUGGAGCACGAUUUCCUAGGCUGCAUGUCCAAGCGUUCGGGGCUGCCCCGCUGGAUUCUGGCUGCUUGUCUUUUCCUUUCCAUCAUGGUGAUGCUCUGGCUGAGUUGCGCCAGUUUGGUGACUGCGCCGGAUCAACACGUCAAGACUCAGCCCCUGAGCAUCAAUGGAGACAAAGAAUACCUAGAUGGCCCUGUGCCCUAUUCCUUGCGCCCCGUCAUUGCUAUGGCCAUCUGCCCCACGGAGGAGAACAAGGAAGCAGGUGUACUGCCGGUCAAGGUGGAUUUAGACAAGACUGUGCUCUAAGAGCCCACCCCCACCCCCCACCCCUCUUAAUGCCCCAUCCGCCCCUCCCCUCCUUCUGCGUUCCUCUCAACAACCACAACAACCUUUCCAUGAUGCUUCCCGGUCCCUCCCAUAGCGCAUUCUGUCAACGCUUUUUCAUCCAGGAAGGUCUUGCGAAGCCCAGCACUUUUCUGCAAAGGGCUCUGCUGGAAAACACACAAGUUCAUGAUAUUUUUUUUCCCCCAGCAGCAACCCUUUGGCUGUUGAGAAAGAGGGGGCUAGUCUGUGAGACCCGGCUCUCAAAGGCUGCCAUCGCGGCUUUCGAAAUGAACAAACCCAGCAUUAAGAUCCUGAGGUAGGGCCGGAAGGAUUUGGGGAAAUGGGCUUCACAUGGGACACAGGGGCUAAGACGCUGAGCUUGUCGAUCAGAAAAGGUCGGCAGUUUGGCGGUU